UUUUUUAAUAAAUUAAAUAAAAUGAAUAUCAAGCCCAAGUUUUUAGCGCCAGGUGACAAUUCUUGGCAAGAAGAUAAAGUUGAUAUUGACGCACAUGUGUCUACACAAUUUGUUUAUAAUGGCAAUCAUUCGUUGAGUAUUGAUUUACAGCGAAAACGAUUGCCAAUAUAUAAAUUAAGAAAUCAUAUUAUUUAUUCGCUAGAGAAAUAUCAAACACUAGUUCUAGUCGGAGAAACUGGAUGUGGAAAAAGUACACAAAUACCUCAGUAUCUUGUGGAGGCUGGAUGGGCAUCGGACGACAAAAUUAUCGGCAUCACUGAGCCGCGAAGGGUCGCGGCUACAUCCUUGGCAAAUCGCGUCGCUGACGAGAGGAAUUGUAUUUUAGGCACCGAUGUUGGUUACGCAAUACGCUUCGAUGACUGCACGGAUAACACGACAAAAAUCAAGUAUCUGACGGAAGGAAUACUAUUACGAGAAAUGAUGGGUGAUCCAUUACUCACAAAUUAUAGUGUUAUUAUCUUAGAUGAGGUUCAUGAAAGAACGAUGUUAACCGAUAUUAUAAUGGGUCUUCUUAAGAAGAUUUUAAGGAAACGGAAGAGUUUACGGGUAAUCGUAUCGUCGGCAACGGUGGACGCGGAGGAAUUACGUGACUUCUUCAACACUAAUCAAAGCAGCAAAAGCCGGGACAAGGAUACGGCGACAAUCCUGAGCGUUGCGGGACGUCUCUAUCCUAUCGAGAUCCUCUACACGGUCGAAUCAUUGGCCAAUUAUGUAAAUGCCGUCGUCGAGACGGCUAUAAAGAUCAACGAGUCCGAGGGGCCAGGCGACAUUCUCGCUUUCCUUACUGGCAUGGACGAAGUCGACCGAGCUGUUUCUCUUCUAGCAGAACACGCCAAGAUCGUGAAAGAAGGACAAUUGAAAUUGAUGCCUUUGCCGAUUUACGGCUCAUUACCGAAUUCCGAGCAAUUGAAAGUAUUUUGGAAAACGUCGAACGACAGUCGAAAAGUCGUUAUAGCCACUAAUAUCGCGGAAACUUCUAUUACCAUACCUAACAUAACAUAUGUCAUCGAUUGUGGCUUUGUCAAACUUCCGUGGUUCGAUGCUGAAACGCAAACAAAUAGUUUAAUAAUUGCUCCGAUAUCCAAAGCUUCGGCGGACCAAAGGGCCGGCAGAGCUGGAAGAACGAGAUCGGGAAAAGCGUACAGGCUUUAUACGGAACAAGCUUUUAAAGAAUUGAUCGACGCAACUCCCCCAGAAAUGCAACGCUCGGAUUUAGCUCCAGCCGUUUUGCAACUGAAGGCAUUAGGUAUCGAUAAUGUAUUGAGGUUCAGUUUUCCAUCCUCACCGCCAAGUAAAAGCUUGCUUUCGGCAUUAGAAUUAUUAUAUGCCCUGGGAGCAAUUAACGAUAAUGGAGAAUUGAGUAAUCCUUUGGGUUUGAUGAUGGCAGAAAUACCGCUCGAUCCAGUGUUCGCCAAGUGCAUCAUUACGUCUGGUGAAAUGGGAUGCUCCGAAGAGAUAACAACGAUAUUGGCCAUGAUGCAAGUUCAAAAUGUAUUUAUACGUCCAAACAGCGGACAGGCUGCAAUAAAAGCUCGUAUAGCUCAUCGUAUGUUCGAAGUUGAAGAAGGAGACUUAUUGACAUUACUAAAUGUUUAUACGGCUUAUGAAAAGAAUAAGACCAAUCACUGGUGUCAAAAAUAUUUUAUCAAUAGCAAGGCCAUGAAGAGAGUGACGGAAAUUCGAAUCCAGAUGAGAAAAUUAAUUAAAAAAUUGCAAAUACCCAUGAAAUCCUGUUCAGUAACUGUCGAAGGCAUUCUUAAAUGCAUAACAUCUGGACUUUUCCCUCAUGCUGCUUAUUUACACUAUAGCGGAGUUUAUAAAACCGUUAGAGGAAACAAAGAUUUAUACAUUCAUCCAAAUAGCUGUCUUUAUACAUUGGAACAACCGCAAUGGAUUUUAUUUGGUGAAAUUUUGCAAACGAAUAAAACGUAUAUGAGAGAAUUAACUGUGAUUAAACCCGAAUGGCUGGUGGAAUUGGCGCCUCAUUUCUAUCAGAAGACUGCAAUUGAUUAAAUAUCAAAUUUUUAAUUUCAUAAGACUCAAUUUUAUUUUUAGUACAUUGUACAGGAAUAUUUACCAUUAGAUUAUCGUAAUCUGUGUCGAUUCGAUUAAUUAAUCGCUCACUACCACUCUCCAAAAUUUAUAACGAUAAUUUCGAAAAUUGUAUAACUUUGCAAUUUUAAUUAUAAAAAUUUUAU